AUGGCCUUUGGGUCAUUUGUAAGAGUGCUGGCGACCCGAAAUGUACUCUUGCUGGGCGAUGUCGUGACCAGCAUGAAUGCUCGGAUGGCUGCGGAAGACAGAAACCCCAAGUUCAGAAUGACAUCCUGCAAGAAGGUCGAAUACUGCAGUUUUGCAUAUCUGAUCAUAGACGAAGGCCACAAAUACACCUACGUCUCCUGCGGUGCCGUCGCUGCAAGGAAUCGUGGGCAGAAGUCGGAGACGACGCCAGAGACAGGGCAGGGUAUGACCGAAGCACCGGAUCAGACAGAAACGGAUAAUGGACCCAAGGAGCUGGUUGGAUCGAAGCCCUCUGAUGUUCCAGCGACCCAUCAAACAGCUGAGUUGCAGGGAACACUUGCUCCUCGUCUACCUGAUCCUGUGGAACUAGCCUAA